GGAGAGUGGGCUCCCUUGAGCCACGGGGUCCAAUGUGACAGUGCGAGUUUUCUGUAUUAACGUUCUGCAAAAUAGUCACAGUGGAGAUUCUACAGUUAGAAAAAAAUUCAUAAGACGUUCGUCGGAAUCUAGGUUCAAUACCAACGUGCGCACAAAAACGUUUAAUUGUCCUGUAUCUGAAAUAUUUACGAUAAAUAAUAUCGAUGUUUAGUGGGGUCCAAUGUGACGCAGGUUGAUGGGGUCCUCUGUGCCACGCUUACAGAACUACCUAACCUAGGUACGUGACAGCGCGAGUUUCCGUAGUGUGUUUCGAUCGCGGAAUAGUAAAUGUUAGUGCCUAAAUUUUCCUAUAAAAUGAAAUAAUUUUCAUCGAUAAUCAUAUCCACACUUUCAUUUUCUCUUUUUUUUACCCUUUACUUACAGAUCACAUGUAAUCGAGUCGCUGUGAGGCAAUAUUUGUUUAUCUCUGCUAGGUUACGAUAAAAAAGAGAGUAGUUAAUAAUAAACUACGUUGAAAAACAUGCCGCGACAGAGAAAGAAGAAAACGGACCGGCAGACUGUUGAUGCCGGUACGAUGGAGCUGGGGAUUCGCAAAAUUGUCGAUGAUGAGUGGAGUAUUCGAGCUGCAGCAGAGAGCUUGGGCAUAAACCGAACAACUUUAUAUCGCUAUGUCAAAAAGUAUAAGGAGACUGCACCGGAGGAGCGUAGAUGCAUGAGACUCACACCAAACUAUGCAACAAAAGUGGUCUUCUCACCUAUUCUCGAAGAAAGUCUGAAAGAAUACCUAAUGACUGCAUCCCAAAUGCAUCAUGGAUUAACUCGCAAGCAAGUUAUGCAAUUAGCAUACCAGCUAGCUGUUGCGAACAAGCUUGAUUGCCCACGGAAUUGGCAAGAAAAACAGUCUGCCGGUGUCGACUGGUAUUAUGGGUUUAUGAAAAGGCAUUCUGAGCUUUCGCUAAGGAAACCCGAAGGAACUAGCUUAGCUCGUUCCACUAGUUUCAAUCGUACUUCGGUUAACGCUUUUUUCGAUAACUUAGAGUCCGCGUAUAAACAGCUCGGAGCUGAAUUAUCGCCCGCUGCAAUCUAUAACUUAGAUGAAACUGCUCUGUCGACGGUUCACAAUCCACCCAAUGUUAUCGCUCCUAAAGGACAAAAACAAAUAGGCCAAGUAACAUCGGGUGAGCGGGGAACUUUGGUUACGGCGUGCGGUAUUAUUUCGGCUAACGGAAACUCGAUUCCUCCUUAUAUGGUAUUUCCGCGCGUACAUUUCAAACAGCACAUGUUGAAAGGGGCUCCGUCGGGCUCUAGCGGGGGAGCAUCCAAAAGCGGUUGGAUGAAUGGCCAAUUGUUUGUUGAAGUUUUGGAGCAUUUUCAAAAAUACGCGCGUGCGUCUAUAGAGAAAAAGGUUCUACUCAUUCUUGAUAACCACGAAUCGCAUGUCACCAUAACGAGCUUAGAUUUCUGUAAACAAAAUGGAAUCAUCCUUCUGACUCUGCCUCCGCAUACCUCUAACAAACUACAACCACUUGACCGUACCGUUUAUAAGUCCUUGAAAAGUGCUUUUAACGCGGCUUGUAACGAGUGGAUGAUCAAUAAUCCGGGCAAAAUGAUUUCUAUUUAUGAAGUGGCGGAACUUUUUGGAAUUGCUUAUCCUUCGGCUUUCACACCUGCUAAUAUUAAGAAAGGAUUUGAAUCGACCGGUAUUUGGAAAUUAAAUCGAAAUGUAUUCAAAGACUUCGACUUUCUGUGCUCUUCUGUCACGGAUAGGUCCGAUCCUACGGUUGCUGAUACUGCGUCGGAAAAUACCGAUCUUUCUUCGAACAGGAAUAUUGAUCCUAAUCUCAAUGUUAUCGAAUUGCCUAACGACGUCAUUGUAUUAAAUACUUCAAUGGAGCCGAUCGACCUUAAUUUACCAACCAUGUCGCUUGAUGUUAGUGACGUCUUGGUACUAAACCCGGAAGUCCCUAUGCCUUGCGAAGUUAGACCAGGCGCAAUUGAUAGCGUAAAAGCUGGUAACAAAGAGAACCUCGUUUUACCUCAGGAUAUACAGCCGUUUCCGAAAGCUGCACCACGAAAGAGUGUUAACAGAAAGAGAGUCCGUAGUGCAAUAUUAACAGACAGCCCUGUUAAGAACUCUCUAUGUGAAGAGAUAAAUGCCAGAGUCAUAAAAAAAGAAUUAAUCGAGGAGAAUAAGCGUAAAAGGAGUGCGGCGCUCGCUCCGAAAUCUAAGACUAAGCCUAAGACUGCAUCGAAAAGAAAGACGACCCGAAAAACUGCUGCUAAGCAGCAAUAAAACUAAGUGCAAUACGUCUUGAAAUGCAAUACGUCUUAGAUUAUAUGUCUAGUCGCAUAAAACAGAUGUUAGGUAUAUUAUAAUAAUAUAUUGCCGAUUACUAUGUUGGAUUUUAUGUAUAGAUUUUAUGUAUGGAUUUUAUGAUAUACUAUAAUAUGUAAUAACGUGCAAUUGACCAAAGAUCUGUAAUAAACAGGAUUUAAACAGAUCUCUUCUACAUGUCACAGAGUACCCUACCUUUCACAUUACAUAUCACAGGGUACCCUACCUUUCACAUUACAUGUCACAGUGUACCCUACGCUGUGGCUCAAUCGACCCCACGCGUGGGGUCCACUGUGACAAACGCAGCAUUUCGAAAUAUCAUUAUUUUUGCAAAAUA